AAGCUUAAUUUGAAAUGAAAUUAUGAAAUUUAAAAUGAAACGUUUUAGUUUUAUUUAAUGUCAGAAUAACUUUUUAGUUUUUACUUGGCUUCACAAAUACAACUCCAAGGGAGAAACUGGUUUGGCCUUGAAGGACUGUCUAAAAAUCGGAGCCAUUUAACCUAUCCUCACAUAAACUGUGGUAGGAUAUUGCUUGGUUUAUUUGCAUUCGAUGCCCAAGUGCUGUCUAAAAAAGUAUUGAUUUUGAGACACAGACACUGUGCUAGCGAUCUCUGAAUGACCUUCUAUGUUAAUCUAUUUUCUAGUCGGAAUUGACAGCACAAGCUUGUCAGGGGAGCGCAAACAAACACUCUCUCUGUUUUCUCUCACACAAACAACCCAGGCUAUUAACCUAAUCAGGGAAUCUCCUCUGUCCCCUUAACUUUAAACCGCUUCCGUCCCAUUUUCCCUGUUAAAAAGAUGCCUAAUCGUAAUCAUAUGUCUGCGCAGACCCUUCUCGUGCCUGUAAGCGAGCUCGCGCGCUCACAGCAACGCACAUGCACGCGCGAAACCCACAAAGUGAGCUGCGGUCGGUUUCUACGACGGACAGAAGGAUGAACUUAACUCUUCUAUAAAGGUCUUAAAAAAAUAAAGAAACCUGAUAUUAAUCGUCGUUACAGAUACUUUUAAAUAGUAUAAGUAUUGUUUACAUCAUAUUUUAGGGUUGUUGAAUAUUCUUUAUGGAAUUAACUGUGAGAACGGAUACCUUCCUGGAAUGUUUUGGCUCUCAAAAUGCGUCGUUUUGUGUAUCUUCUCUUAUUUAUUUUCGCUCCAGGUAACACACUGCUGAACUUGAGGCAAGGCUGUGGAGAAAAAAUUAUUGGAGAGAGAUCCGGCUCAAUUCGUUACUCUUUACACCCAAACAGACUUUUAUUUAACAGAAUUACCAGCGACAGCACGGAAAAACUGUUGGACAUUACCUGCACAUGGAUUAUUGAUGCACAUAAAAAUCAGACUUUUUGGAUAGACGUCAUUUCUGUCGAGGAAGGUGCUCAUAUUGGAAUUAAAUUCGGGGAUGGCAAUACACUGACCUAUGAAAGAGAAGAGCGGGCGCAGUUCUCUGGCACUGGGAGAACCAUCAUUGAAUUGAGCUUGAGAAGGACUGAUGAAACCUUUGCCACAUUACAUCUGAGAUGGAACACGUCAGAGGACAGUCACACUCUUGCUUUGAUUCCUUACACCCGCUCUCAUGCAGUGUCUCCCUCUCCAAAUGUUUCAAAUGAUGUAACCUACACCCCUGACAUUCCAGUGAGCAGCAAUGCAGCCCCUAAAACACACUCUCUCAGGGGUGAGAGUAUACAGCAUAGCGGAGGUGUGUCUGACCUGGAUGAUAAGAACAGACCUCUCUUUCCGCAGGAAAUCAGCAACAAUGGAAAGGAAACGGCUGGAGCCUGGAUCUCUGACCUUCCACUCACUGGCACACAUUCAUAUUCUGAUACACAAACCAGCUCUGCCCUUGACACACACGUGAACACGCUCGCAAUGUUGUCCACCGAACCUUUUUUGGCUCAGUCUUCUACUGAAAUCCAGUUACCACUGCUGUCUGUACAAACUGCACCCCGACAAGCAACAGAUGUAGCUGCAACAAGUGCAAUUUUAGCCACAAACGAUGUUGCACACACUGAAUUAGAUAGAGGAAGUUCACAUAACAUGCACACACAUGCACACAAAUUGCACAAAAUUAACUCCAAAACAAGUCAAAGAGGUGAUCCAAGUUCAUUGUUUCGGACUUCCAGCUUUAUGACGGUAAAUUCACAUUAUAUUCAGCCAUUCAACGAAACUUCUAAACAAAAAUACUUCCUUAGAGACAGUUCUCACAAGGCUAAAGCAACCACAGUGAUGGCCCCAAAUAAAGAUGUGUUAACAAUAUCAGAGAACAAUUGGACGAGUCAAUCUGAUUCAGUUUUUUGGAUUUCAAGCACAAGUUCAGAUGAUAAACAGCCUAUAUCAUCAGAGACGGACAGGACGGAUCGCUCUCCAAGGUCAAUUAAUCCAGAUCAAAACAUUACUGAUCAAACAAUCUAUGAUGAUUCAGUACUUACUACUAGUGCGCCUACAACGGUAUCAAAGUUUCCAGAUGUUAAUCAAACCAACACAUUAGCAAUUUCUGAUAGUGACCUGGCUGAAUACUCGGGUUACUCCACGUCUCCAAGUGAGCCACCAAUAAAUGUUACCAGUGAGAAUGAGCCAGCCACAUCAGACGAGUUCAUGCACACUUCACGGAACACACUUGCAACUCCAACUAUAACUUCUCUGGAAGCAUCAACCACCCACCUGUCACACACCAUCCAAAUUCAGCAAGAUACAAGCACCCAAGAAAUCAGCUCUGCAUCUUUGUCAAUCUCUUACCGGACUUCACAUAACAAUAACAAAACCAGUGCCUUCACCACGUUCCCAAACACAAUCCCUCCAGACCUGACCCCUACUAAGAGUCCUAGCACACCAGAAGGGGACAAGGGUCUACUACCAUCCGAAAGUUAUUGCCUCGGUCUUGCAUGCACCCCGUAUUUACCAUCUACAGUGAGAGGCAAACAAGAAAUCCCCAUCACCAGCUCCCCAUCUAUCUCUUUGUCCAGUCCUCAGAUGAGCCCUAAUGUGACUUCUGACCUCAUGGUGGAAGAUAGCACUACACUGAGAUUUGAGAACCGCACUGAUUUAAAGGAAUCUGGUGUGUCCCCAUCACAAGUCCAGAAUACCAACACAAAAUCAAGUUUGCAUACUGAAUCCCCUAUUUACACAUCUACACCCCAGUAUUCACCUCCAUCUUCUGAAAACACACAGAGCAAUGUAGGAUUUUCCGAUAUAAGUGAUAUAGUUGAGAUUAGUAGUGGUAGAAGUUAUCUGAGUCCUACUCAGACUAGUGCGACAAGGUCAGAGAUGACUAUUGGCUUAUCUCCUUUUAAUGAUAUACAUACUGGAUCAACAGAAAUCAGUAAUGGCUUUACUGCCCACACUACUGUCACAUUGAGGACUUCAUCUGACAUCACAACUCCUUACAUCUCAAAGGCCAGUACAGCUGAUGGUGGCAUUCAAACCAGCACAUCUAUUAGUAUGACAACUCCACAUUGGAAAAGCAGUCAGACCUCUGUGGUUCUUCCACCUUCAAUAACUACCCAGCAGAUGAACCCACACGCUACUUUGUUCCAGGUCCAGACACACUUUCCAGUGCAUAAACCAAGCACUAUCAGACCUGCCCAACAUAUGACCACAAGAUCUUAUCAUAUUCAAACAAAAGCACACAUAGUAUCUACACAAGGAGUCACUCAGACAACUUGGAUCCAUUCUACUGCAUCCAGCUUUGACAGGAAGUGGCCACAUGGACGGCAUUAUUUUAUAGUGAAGGACCAGCCAGCAACCAUCAAGGAGAAAACAUUUCAAGUACUCUUACAGAUUGUCCUGGAAAGAGAUUAUGUCCCUAGUAUGAGGUUACAUGAGGUGGAGACAUUCCUGCAGAUCCUUUCUGGAUUUCAGUAUCAACAUGUGAACUGGCACAGUGGUCCAGUUCUGCAAACAGUAGUCCAGUUCCAAACAGUGGAAGCGCUGUCCUGGCUGGGAAGGGUGGAGUCUAUGUUACAGCAGGCGGGGUUAAACCCACUCCCAAAGAAAGGAAUAUUUGUGGGUGGAGUUAGAGUGAAGAAUAUCACUGUGGGAGGCUUGCAGACAGAUGUUUGUGAAUGGCUGUUUGAAUGUCUAUCUGGGUUCCAGUGUGUUUCCUCAAAGGGCAAUGCCACCUGUACAUCUGUGUGCCACUCUGAAUACUGUAAACAUCAGGGAAUCUGUGUCCAUCGCCUCGGGCAAAAGCCUGUCUGUCAGUGUCCUGUUGGGGAGGAUUACUGGUUUAUGGGUCAGCGUUGUGACUUCCGCAUGACCCGGCUGCGUUUGGUGGGCGUGUGCUUUGGUGUACUGGUUGCUGUUGCAGCAGUCAUGGCUCUUCUCUCUUAUCUCACGGUGCGCCGUUUUAAAACCAUGCUAAUGCAAGCCAAAGUGGAACAAACACGCAGCAGUUAUCGCAGAUUUAAUCACUUUGAUGAGCUUUCGGCUCGUUUUUGGGGAAGGUCCUGGACAGGUUCUCAGGACUCGUUGGACAACCCUGCCUACACCCGCUCUGAUGAGUUAUUACACUUGCGAGCACUAGACCGUACCUGCUGUUACCAUGAUGAUACUCUUUCUGUGGUAUCCACAUACCACGGUAGUGGAACACACCUCAACACCAUCUAUCCUCAUGGUUCUCAGUAUGGUUGGGAUCUCAGCAACUGCAGCUUGGCGGAUGGUGUGGUGGAUUCUGGGAAGGCUAGUGACCUGUCAGUCUGUAGCUGGCCGAUCGAGCCGAUUCAGUGGACACCAUUCCCUUUGCUGCAGCAGCUCAACAGGAAUACCACCACGGUGAAAGUGUCUCGUCCUCGCUCUUACUGUGAAGGCAUGGAACUUGUGGAUUUAGAGAAGAGUUGGACAGCUUAAUGGACCCUCUUAGAAAACCUGACAGGCUCUGGCCAAGUGUGAGAAUAUUUCAUCUGUUUAAGGAAGACCAUUGUUGUGCCAAACAUACAUACAGCCAAUCUAAUAAAAUCUCUUUUAACUGGAAAAA